AUGCUAGACUCGAGAAACAAAGUUGCGGGGCAAGAUGCUCAACAAAGGGGGAAUCCUCUCCCACCCCCUGUAGGGGUGAUUAAAGUUAUCCAUGUUGCCCUAGAGGGGCUCAUUACAGGAAGAAGGAAAGGGGUGUUAACUGUAGUACUAGUAGAGAGUCGCUUGGAAGUACAACCACCAGAGAAGAAAAUAAAGUUUGCACGGGAGCCUAUCGCAUUCAACGAUGACGAUUUGGAGGGAACAAUCCAACCACAUGAUAAUGCAUUAGUGGUCACGGCCCGGAUAAGUGGCUUUUUGGUAAAAAGGGUAAUGAUAGACCUAGAAAGCGGGGUUAACAUAAUGUACUCGAAUUUGUUUAGGGGGCUCGGGUUGAAGAAGGAGGACCUUGUGAAGCACACUUCCUCCUUGGUUGGGUUCGAUGGUAAGGUAGUGAUUCCUGAAGGGCAAAUUUCACUUCCUGUAAGUAUGGGGGGAAAAGAGGUGGUAGUAACAUUUACAAUAGUAACUUCAUUUUCCCCAUAUACGGCGAUUCUGGGAAGACCAUGGAUCCACUCAAUGAGAGUUAUCCCAUCCAUACUGCAUGUGAAGAUCAAGUUCCCAACCGAGCAGGGUAUUGCUAUGAUAAGAGGAAACCAACAAGUGGUGAGGCAGUGCCUUAUCGCCAUAGUUAAAUGGAAGCGGGGGAAUCAAGUCAAUCAAGGAGAAGAGACCGAACAACCGGUGAAAGGCAAGGGGAAAGGGCAGUCCGAACAGAAGCAGGAUAGGUAG